AUGGGACUUUACUUUGACUUCCAGACCUCUAUGAAACGUACUCAACUUGCAAGAUCAAAAUCCUUAAAAGAAAACUUGAGAGAGAUCCUUGCAAGCUGUGAUUGUUGCUGCUGUCCAACAGGGGUGCCUCGCUGUGGGGCUGCACUGCAUGAGCCCAACAAAGCACUGAGGAUUGAACUCAAUGCAAAUGCAAACUGCACCUGGCAAAUCCAGAGGAAUGCAAAUCAAACAAUCAGGAUUGUUUUCUCCCAUUUUAAAUUUGCUCCUUCUUCAAGCUGUGAAACAGAGAGCAUCAAAGUGUUUGAUGGUGCCUCCACUGCUUCAGCUCUCCUUGGACAAGUGUGUGAUGACACAGAUGCAGUCCCAGUGCUUGAAUCCUCCUCUGACAGUUUAACUUUCCUCAUUACAACCAACUCCGUGCCUUUCACACGAAACUUCUUCGUCUACUACUACUUCUUUUCACCAGGAUCAAGAACUGAAAAUUGUGGGGGAGAAUUAACUGGUCCCAAUGGGACAUUCAGCAGCCCCAACUACCCAGCACCUUACCCUCAAUUCAAAUACUGUGUCUGGCACAUACAAGCACCAAAAAACUCCAAGAUAAACUUGGAAUUCCAAGACUUUUUCCUGGAAUUGGACAGAAACUGCCAGCUUGACUUCACAGCAGUCUAUGAUGGGGCCAGCACUGCCUCUGGGCUGUUGGGGAAAGUGUGUGGGCAUGCCCAGCCCACCUUUGAGUCUUCUUCCAACGUGCUGACAGUUGUGCUGUCCACAGAUGACACCAACUCCUACAGAGGAUUUUCAGCUCAGUAUUCCACUGCUCCCCUGCCAGGACCCAUGGAGCCCAACGCAACCCUUACAUGCUCCUCAGACAGCAUGAGAAUUGUUCUGAGCAAGUCUUACCUGGCCUCCCUUGGCUUUGGGGAAGCUCACCUGCAGCUGAAUGAUCCAUCUUGCAGACCAGUUGUGACAGAUUCAGUGAUCUUCUCCUUCCCAUUGGCCAGCUGUGGGACAAUUAAAAAGGAUGAAGGGCACAGCAUCACUUACACCAACACCAUCUCCCUGGCUGCAGCUGGCAGCACCAUCACCCGCCAGAGGAGCACCGAGAUCACUGCCCGGUGCACCAUGAGCAACAACGAAACCCUGGAGCUCAUCUACACCACAACAAACAAUGCCAUCCAACAGCUGGCUGCAGGGGGCAGGUACAACGUCAGCAUGGCCUUCUACGAGUCAGAUCUGUUCUCCAAGCCCGUACAAUACUCCCCAUACUACGUGGACUUGAACCAAACUCUCUUUGCUGAGGUGACUCUUCACUCCACUGACCCGAAUCUCCAGGUGUUCAUUGAUACCUGCACUGCAUCUCCACAGCCUGGCUUUGGAUCACUGACAUACGACCUAAUCAGGAGUGGCUGCAAUAAAGAUGACACUGUGGUAACCUACCCAGCGUUUGGAAACCAUGGAAGAUUCAAAUUUAGGGCCUUCAGGUUCCUGAGGAGCUUCCCAUCAGUUUAUCUGCAGUGUGACAUUGUGAUCUGUGACAGCAACAGCACCAGCUCUCGCUGUGCCAGAGGCUGCAUCUCCAGGCAGAAAAGAGCCAUCUCUCCCUACACAUGGAAAACCAACACUGUGGUGGGGCCCAUCCGCCUGAAAAGAGAUCUCGGGGCUGCUGAGCUCUCAGAAUCCCUCACUGAAGUGGAAGCUGAAAAAACACCAAACCUGCAACAAUACAACUUCCACACUCUGGCAUUUGUGGUUUUAGUUUCAAACAUUCUCAUUGUGGUAGCUGUGAUACUGAAGCAUCACAAGCACCAGGGAGGAUUCAGGAAUCAAAAUGUCCAGAGCUCAUUUUAACCACUUCUGGAGAUUUCUACUUAGUGUCAACUGCUCUUCAUAUUUGUCACCCAGAGAGGGAAAAAACAAAAAGUCAUUAAAUUAACAGCAUUGGAACUCAACACUCAGAAAUUCAUUUUGUUAUCAAAUAAAAAAUCCAAACCCAAAAA